AUGACUGCAGGAGAAGAUGCCAUCCUGGGUGGGCACCCACAGGAUCAGAUCAACCUUACAGAUUUUUACAACAAGACCUUGACCACCUUCAAGGAUAAUGAGGAGAAUAUACAAUGUGGGGAUAACUUCAUGGAUAUGGAGUGCUUUAUGAUUCUGAACCCUAGCCAGCAGCUGGCCAUUGCAGUACUGUCCCUUACUCUGGGCACCUUCACUGUUCUGGAAAACCUUCUGGUCUUGAUUGUCAUCCUGCAGUCCCGAAGCCUUCGCUGCAGGCCUUCCUACCAUUUCAUCAGCAGCCUGGCCGUAGCUGAUCUCCUGGGCAGUGUAAUCUUCGUCUACAGUUUUGUUGACUUCCAUGUUUUCCAUCGGAAAGACAGCCCUAACGUGUUCCUGUUCAAACUGGGUGGAGUUACAGCCUCGUUCACUGCCUCGGUGGGCAGCCUUUUCCUCACCGCAAUAGACAGGUAUAUAUCUAUACACAGGCCUUUAUCUUAUAAGAGGAUUGUCACCAGAUCGAAGGCUGUUGUAGCAUUCUGCGUGAUGUGGACCAUAGCUAUUGUAAUAGCUGUCCUUCCUCUGCUGGGCUGGAACUGCAAAAUGCUCAAUUCUGUUUGUUCAGAUAUAUUUCCUCUAAUAGACGAGAACUAUCUGUUGUUCUGGAUUGGGGUCACCACUGUACUCUUGCUUUUUAUUGUGUAUGCCUAUAUGUACAUACUGUGGAAGGCUCAUAGUCAUGCUGUUAGGAUGAUCCAGCGCAGCACUCAGAAGAGCAUAAUAAUACAUACUUCAGAGGAUGGUAAAGUGCAUCAGAUUACUAGGCCGGAACAAACACGUAUGGACAUUAGGUUGGCCAAAACCUUGGUCCUCAUUCUUGUGGUUUUGAUCAUCUGCUGGGGUCCUCUGCUUGCAAUUAUGCUCUAUGAUGUCUUUGGGAAGAUGAACAAGCUCGUGAAGACUAUCUUUGCCUUCUGCAGCAUGCUCUGCCUGCUGAACUCCACCGUGAAUCCCAUCAUCUAUGCUCUCAGGAGCAAGGACCUGAGACAUGCUUUCAGGAGCAUGUUUCCACCUUGCAAUGGGACUGCACAGCCUCUUGAUAACAGCUUGGAGUCUGACUGCCAGCACAGACAUGCUAACAACCCAGGUAAUGUCCACAAGGCUGCUGAAAGGUGUAUUAAAAACACAGUUAAGAUUGCCAAAGUGACCAUGUCUGUCUCCUCAGACACAACUGCAGAGGCGCUGUAA